CCCCUCGUCGGUCCCGCAGUCCGCCGAGCCGCUGAAAGGAGAGGUCUUGGGGGCCGCUGGCGCCCUCUGCCGGCGGCUUCCGGCAGCGCGCUGGGAGGCCCCAGCCGGCCCCGGGGUGCGCUCUGCUCUCUCAAACUAGGGGCCCCAUUUACAUUAUGCAAAAGCUCCCUCGGGCUGGCUUCGGAGAGAAAGCCCGACACCCUGGGUCCAGCCCCUGGACCGCCUCUCCGGAAAUCCACCUGGGAUUUUUUUUCCCCUGCAAUAAAAGCUCCAGGGUUGGCAUUUUAAGCAAAACCGGUCUAUUUGCAUACCUUCGGUUUGCAUGGAUUUGUCUUUGGGCUGAUGGGAGCAACCCUGGGUAACAAACUGAAACUAUGAUGAUUCGCUCAGAUUUCAGUUCCAGAAAACUGAGGACAUGGGGGUAGGGAUGGGGUGGCAACUCAAAGCCAUGUCACAUUCAGUAAACUGAGGCCCAGGUAAAACGUUCUAAAACCCACAGCUCCCUGAUAGUAACUGCCUACACUGACUUCCUCAAGGGCCAAGGGAAGUCGUGUCCCAGCCUCCUCCUCCCCUCAAAAUGCCAGGGCUUCCCUUCUGAGCCAGGUGAAGCCGCAGGCACCAGAGCAAGGAUGGAACCCACAACCGUCCAGAGGAAGGGUCACUGGGUGCCACCUGGUUUGCAUCCGUGCCUUUGCCCUGCCCAGUUCCUGAGUGGGAACACAGGCCCGGAAGCAAACAGCCCUUCCAGGGACACAAAGUUGCGAAGCGUCUGGGCAGCUGCCUUCUAUUCUAUUUAAGCAACCGCCAACUUAGAGCGCUCUGCUCGGCCAUGCUGGACGCCGGGCCAUGUGUGUGGCCAGCAUGUUGCUCCAGACCGCUCACCUCGUUGGCCUGCAACUUUGCAUUUCCUGCUGUUGGGCUUACAGCUGCCACAGCACUGAGUCCUCUCCCGACUUCAGCCUCCCUGGGGAUUACCUCCUUGCAGGCCUGUUCUCUCUCCAUGCUGAAUGCCUGCAGGUGCGACGCAGACCAGAGGUGACCCUGUGUGACAGGCCCGGCAGCUUCAACGGCCACGGCUACCACCACUUCCAGGCCAUGCGCUUCGCCGUUGAGGAGAUAAACAACUCCACGGCCCUGCUGCCCAACGUCACCCUAGGGUACGAGCUGUACGACGUGUGCUCGGAGUCUGCCAAUGUGUAUGCCACGCUGAGAGUGCUCUCCAUGCCAGGGACACACCACAUAGAGAUCCAGGGAAACCUUCUCGACUAUUUCCCCAAGGUUGUGGCGGUGAUUGGGCCCGAUGACUCCAACCGUGCUGCCACCACUGCCACCCUGCUGAGCCCUUACCUUGUGCCCCUGAUCAGCUACUCGGCCAGCAGCAUGACACUUGGCGUGAAGCGGCAAUAUCCCUCUUUUCUGCGCACCAUCCCCAGUGAUGAGCACCAGGUGGAGACCAUGGUGCAGCUGCUGCAGUGGUUCGGGUGGGUCUGGAUCUCGCUGGUCGGCAGCGAAGGUGACUACGGGGAGCUGGGGGUACAGGCGCUGGAGGACCAGGCCACCAAGGAGCACAUCUGCAUUGCUUUCAAGGCCAUCGUGCCCUUCUCUGCCCGGGUGGGUGAUGAGAAGAUGCAGGGCAUGAUGCGCCGCCUGGCCCAGGCCAAGACCACUGUCGUGAUUGUUUUCUCCAACCGGCAGUCAGCCAGGGUGUUCUUCGAGUCCGUGGUGCUGGCCAACCUGACUGGCAAGGUGUGGAUCGCCUCAGAAGCCUGGGCCAUCUCCAGACACAUCACUAAGGUGCCUGGGAUCCAGGGCAUUGGGACAGUGCUGGGUGUGGCCAUCCAGCAGAGGUUUGUCCCUGGCCUGAAGGAAUAUGAAGAGGCCUAUGCCUGGGCGGACAAGGGGGCCCCUAGGUUGUGCACCAAUGGCUCCUGGUGCAGCAGCAAUCAGCUCUGCAGAGACUGCCAAGCUUUCGUGCCACACUUGAUGCCUAGGCUUGGAGCCUUCUCCAUGAGUUCUGCCUACAACACGUAUCGGGCAGUGUACACUGUGGCCCAUGGCCUCCACCAGCUCCUGGGCUGCACCUCUGGAGCCUGUUCCAGGGGCCCAGUCCACCCCUGGCAGCUUCUGGAGCAGAUCCCUAAGGUGAAUUUCCUUCUACAUGAGGACACUGUGACACUUAAUGACAAUGGGGGCCCAUUUAGUGGCUAUACCAUAAUUGCCUGGGACUGGAGUGGGCCCAACUGGACCUUCACAGUCAUCGGCUCCUCCACAUGGUCUCCAGUUCAGCUGGACAUAAAUGAGACCAAAAUCCAGUGGCACGGAAAGGACAACCAGGUGCCUAAGUCUGUGUGCUCCAGCGACUGUCUUGAAGGGCACCAGCAAGUGGUUGUGGGUUUCCACCACUGUUGCUUUGAGUGUGUUCCCUGCGAGGCUGGGACCUUCCUCAACAAGAGUGACCCACACAGAUGUCAGCCUUGUGGGAAAGAAGAGUGGGCACCUGGGGGAAGCCAGACCUGCUUCCCACGCACUGUGGUGUGUUUGACUUGGCAUGAGCACAUCUCUUGGGUGUUGCUGGCAGCUAAUUCACUGCUGCUGCUGCUGCUGGUUGGGACUGCUGGCCUGUUUGCCUGGCACCUAGACACCCCUGUGGUGAGGUCAGCUGGGGGCCAGCUGUGCUUCCUCAUGCUGGGCUCCCUGGCAGCAGGUAGCUGCAGCAUCUAUGGCUUUUUUGGGGAGCCCACACUGCCAGCGUGCUUGCUGCGCCAGGCCCUCUUUGCCCUUGGUUUUGCCAUCUUCCUGUCCUGCCUGACAGUUCGCUCCUUCCAACUGGUCAUCAUCUUCAAGUUUUCAACCAAGUUACCCACAUUCUACCGUGCCUGGGUCCAAAACCAUGGUGCUGGCCUGUUUGUGCUGAUCAGCUCAAUGACCCAGCUGCUUAUCUGUCUAACCUGGCUUGCGGUGUGGACACCACUGCCCACCAGAGAAUACCGGCGCUUCCCCCAGCUGGUGAUGCUUGAGUGCACAGAGGUCCACUCCCUGGGCUUCGUGCUGGCCUUUGUCUACAAUGGCCUCCUCUCGGUCAGCGCCUUUGCCUGCAGCUACCUGGGCAAGGACCUGCCAGAGAACUAUAACGAGGCCAAAUGUGUCACCUUCAGCCUGCUCCUCAACUUCGUGUCCUGGAUCGCCUACUUCACCCUGGCCAGCGUCUACCAGGACAAGUACCUGCCCGCGGUCAAUGUGCUGGCCACGCUGAGCAGCCUGAGCAGCGGCUUCAGUGGCUAUUUCCUCCCCAAGUGCUAUGUGAUCCUUUGCCGCCCAGAUCUUAACAACACAGAGCACUUCCAGGCCUCCAUCCAGGACUACACGAGGCGCCGCGGCUCCACCUGACCAGUGGGGGCCAAGCGGGGCGGGCAGGACUGUGAGCCUUCCCUGGCCUGAGGGUCGAAGGUCGAGCAGGAGCUGGGGCGUCCGGGAGGCCUUUGGGCUCCUCGGUCUUGGGUUGGGAUGCGUAAGCGCCCAGGAGAGCCCAGCUCAGGCUCCGGGCUGCCAAUAAAGAGGCGAAAUGCG